CAUGGAGACGGCUUCCCAUAGCAACCGGGCGAGCGUUGAGCGGCGUCUCCGGCCUGAUGGACGCCGAUAGCCUUUUGCUGUCGCUGGAACUAGCGUCCGGCAGCGGGCAGGGCCUCAGCCCGGACCGUCGGGCCUCCCUGCUCACUUCCCUGCACCUGGUUAAGCGUGACUACCGCUAUGAUCGGGUCCUCUUCUGGGGCCGCAUCCUCGGCGUGGUUGCUGAUUACUACAUCGCGCAGGGUCUGAGUGAGGACCAGCUGGCCCCGCGCAAGAGCCUCUACAGCCUGAACUGCAUGGAGUGGAGCCUCCUGCCCCCCGCCACGGAGGAGAUGCUGCAGCAGACAUCUGUGGUGAGCGGCCGCUUCCUUGGGGACCCCUCGUAUGAGUAUGAGCACACGGAGAUGCAGAAGGUCAACGACGGUGACAAGGUCUUUGAAGAGGAAGUGGUGGUUCAGAUCAAGGAGGAGACCCGUUUGGUGUCCAUCAUUGACCAGAUUGACAAGGCUGUGGCUAUUGUCCCCCGAGGUGCCUUCUUCAAGACCCCUUUUGGACCUACUCAUGUCAACCGGACCUUUGAAGGACUGUCCUUGUCUGAGGCCAAGAAGCUCAGUUCCUACUUCCACUUCAAGGAGGCCGUUGAACUGAAGAAGAAGACUUUACUUGAGAAGGCUGACCUGGAUCCAUCCCUGGAUUUUAUGGACUCUCUGGAGCAUGACAUCCCCAAAGGUUCCUGGAGCAUCCAGAUGGAGAGAGGGAACACCUUGGUGGUGCUGCGCAGCCUGCUCUGGCCAGGCCUCACCUUCUACCAUGCCCCCUUCACCAGAAACUAUGGCUACAUCUACGUGGGCACCGGGGAGAAGAACAUAGACUUGCCCUUCAUGCUGUAGAAUGCAGAUGGAACUGUGAUUUUGCAUGUAAAGUCUAAACAUUAUUUUCAUAA